GGCUGACUUCCGCUCGGGAAAGUGGCGCCAAGAGCGCGCCGGAGGGGACGCCAGGGACUCGCGGCGGUCUGCGCGUGCUGGGAUGGGAUCUAGACACAGGAUCUGUAGUCGGGAGGAAAUAGUGAUCCCUUGUGCUUCUGACAAUGAUUCAGGAAGUGUGGAUUUGCAGCUGAGCAACUUAGAGGAUGUUAAAAACGAUGCAAGUAGCCUUGAACUUACAGACUCGGACAUCUCUGACAUCGCUGGACUCCCUCAGGAAUCGCUCACAGAUAGCUUCAGACACCUGACCCAACAAGGCCCCCUCAGUGAGCCCAUUGUUGAGAGGCUGAUCCAGUCCAUCCAGGAGUUUUUUAAUGGUGACCAACAGAGUGAACUUGAGAAGCUGACAUUCCUAAGAUCUUUGUCUUCUCUCAGCCGAGCUUUACCUUAUGAUGAAACCGUAGGAGCAUUCAUCCACAGCCACAUUGAGGACAUUGUGCAUAUCCUAAAUUCUCUCUACAGGCAGACACUUCAGGCAUUCUCUGAGAUGCUCCAGAGUUUGGUAGUAAAAGACCCACAUUUGGAAAAUCUCGACACCAUUUUUAAGCAAAUGGACCCCUGGUUACAAUCAACCAAAGACCAUGAGCGGGAACGGGCCACAGUCAGCAUGGCUCAAGUUCUAAAGUGCUCAUCCAGACAUCUCAGCUUGAAGCUUCCACUGCAAUUCCAAAGGCUUGGGCGCCUGGUGGCUCUGAUGGCACUACUGUGUGGGGACCCAGUGAAAGAGGUAGCUGAGGAGGCUGCAGAGGGCACUCACUACCUACUGCAUAUCACGCUGAGGCUGAAGUGUAAGGCACUGUUGAUGGCAGCCAGUUCUCCUUGUGCCCUCAUUCCCUAUAUUCUAGAAAGACUUUUUAUGGUAGUUUUCAAAGAGAAAGGCACAUAGUCCACAAGCAUAGAUGAACCAACAUUGACUUGAUAACCUGAAUCAGAACCCUGGAUGAUCCAUUAGUGUCAGCCAUCUGCAUGGCCAUGGAGUUGAAAUAGCUAAACAUGUAGCCUCAUGUACAAACUAAAGUUUGUUUGUUAAAGUAAGUUAGUUUGGUCAGAAGUGAAGUUCUGCCAUCAUCUGGGCCUUCAUUAUUAUUUAUUUAUCCCAUAAACGUUUUCUGAGCACUUACUUAGGAUCUAAUGGCAACCAGAACACAAGUGGUCCAAUCCUUGUAUAACACAUUGUCUAGUGGGGGAAUCAGACAAUCAAAGAAUCAACAAAUAACUCUGUAAUUAUAAAUAAAGAAAUCUGCUACAGGGAAAUUGCAGGGGCCAUGAGGAAGAAUCCCAUCUAGCUGUGGCAUUCUGCAAAGGCCUCUCUGAAGAUAACCUGAAAAAUAAGAAACAUUAGCCAGAUGAAGAUGUAGGAAGAGCAUAUUGGGCAGAGGAAACAACAGGUGUGAACUU